AUGGAUUUUCCGCAAGCGAGCAGCGCCGCGCCUGCGUGGUCUCCUCUGCCGUCGUCUCCGUCUGGUGGCGCGCCUCGUGCGUCCUCCUCUCCCGCUUCUUCUCUCUCUUCGUCUUCCGCCCUCACCCCCCCCCGGCGCGUCGCAAAAAAUCCGGUUCGCGAGGGCGCCGUCGCUCUGCUGGUCUUUGACUUCUUCCCCGACGACGCCGGCGAAGGCUGGAAUGUCCGCGUCUCGUCGCACAUGUCCGCGAGGCUGCCGCGUGUGCAUCCCGCUCUCUCCGCUUGCCCGUCGUCUUCGAAGGAGGGGGACGUGGAGGCGGCUGGCGAGGAAGACGGGACUGAGGCAGGGACUCGAGAAAACGCCUCGCCAGGAGCGAGACCAAGCCCAAGCGGAGGAGCGAGCCUCCACGCCAGGGAAGAAGAGGGUGGAAGCGCAAGCCAUGACGGCGAGCGACCGCGGGGCGUUGCGGAGGACAGGCUCUCGCGCGGAGAAGAAUGUCGUGGGACAGAGGGCGGCUCCACUGAAGCGUCAUCGCCAGGAGGCACGACCCGCCGCGGCCGCAGAAAGGGAGGGAAGGAUCGGCGUGGCGAUGCCGUUUCCUCGCCGCGCCACGAGGGAGAAGGACGCGACGUGAAGAUAACAGGCGAGGCACUGGAGAGGAGCGAAAGGAAACCGCGGCUCGAGGACGCCUCCCGCUGGAUUCUCGCCCCAAGCGUCCGCGUCCGCACAAGCCAAGAGCUGGCAGCUGCCUGGGCACAGGGGAGGUGGCCUGCGAGCGUCUCAGCCGCUUCGCUGACUUCGAGCCUCCACUCAAAUGCGGAGUGGGAUGGAGCCGUUCAAGCCGGGGCAAACGCGAGCGACACUAACGCGCCAAAGCACCUCGAGCUCGGCGGUCUCAACGACAGAGAGCCUUCAGAUCCAUGUUCUCCCCGUCCCCGCUUGUCUACGCCUCCGCCGGCCCCAGCCUCUGGUGGUGUCUGUGGCGCGCAACACAUCGCGGGCGCCUCGCCCUUCUCGGUAGCGGUGUCAGCGUCUCCGCAUGCGUUUUUGUCCUCGUCCCCGCGUUGCGCAAGCUCGUUCGCGGACGCCGCUUGGUUUCGCUUCCCCUACGCACACGAUAGACGCGACAGCAGAGCCGAAAGCGCCCGCGCGGGCUCCCGCGUCUCCCUCUGGCUGGCGCAGUACCCACUCUCUGUCUCCUUCCCACCUCCGCCUUCAGAGAGCUCGCUGAGAUCUUGCCCCUCUCCCCCCGCGGAGUCGCUUCCUGUGGCGUCGCUUUGCACUUCUCCCGUCGCGCAUGCGCCGGGGUGCCUGUUGCUGCUGGGGCGUGACAGGGUCUUUCCUUUGAACAUCGUCGCCGAGGUCUCUGCCCAGCUGCCGCUUCGGGAGUUGCCUUCGCUGCAGGGGCUCCGCGCGCGCCUCGCCGCGGUCCCCUCGAUGUGCUUCUCAUCGUUUGGAUUUGGCGUGCCUCCGCCGCCAUUGCAUUCGCCUGGGACUGCGGGCCCCGCGGGCGACCUUCUCGCCUCCGGCUCUGCUGCGACGGCCUCGGCUUGCUCUCUCUGCGGUCCGCCGCGCGGAGAGAAGACGCCACGGGCGCGGAAUGCUCGCGGGGGCGCAGGCGAGACGCCGCCGAACCGCGGCGAAGCGACGGAGGCCGCGGACGUCAGAGAGACCGGAGAGGGCGGCGGACCGCUGGCAGAGCGAGCCGACCCAAGCGACUACGGGCUCGAGGCGGCUCCGAGGCAGGACGCGCGAGCGCGACGCGCGGACGACAGCGCUCAGGACAAGAGGGAAGACGAGCUGUGGCGGGAGAAAGCUUUGCUCGUCUCGUCCCGCCUGGCGACGGGGUCUCUCAUGGCUUUCCGAGCAGCUGCGGCGGCCGCGGCCUCGGCGUCGAGCGCGACCGGCGCGCCGUCGCCGCCCGCGUCGCGGUUCGCGGGCACGAAGCGGCGAAGGAGCAAAGCCGACGAGGAGGGCGCCGGAGACGGCGACGGUCAGGGCGAGGACGGCGCGGCGGUCCCUGCUGGCUGCACGCGUCGCGCAGCCAGCAGGGACCGCCGCGCAGACACGCGAGGCGCGAGAAACGGACAAGUCGGCUGUGAAGCGGGGAACGGCAAAGCGGCGGGAGAUCCACGCGAGGCGAACGAAGACAGCGCCCACGCCCACCGCGCAAACCGAGACCUAGAGACUGGAGGGCGAGAGGAGGGGGGAACGCGGAGGAAACAGGAGGUGUCGAGGCAAGCGGCAUCGCCGGAGACAGGCGAAGCCCGUGGAGGGGACGGCUCAGCCGCGACGGAGCGAGGAGACGAGGCGCGACCGGCUAGGGCCGAGCCGGAAACCGCGCCCGUGGAGAGGGAGAGGAACGUGUGUCUCGCGCGAGGCGCCAGAGAUAUCCUGGCGCGCCUGUGGCGACGCGGGGACCAGAAAGCCGUGUGCGCAGAAUGUGUGUCGAGCGGGGCGAUUCUGGGAGGGAGUUGUCCGCGGCACCACGUGAUUCGAGGGCUCUUCGCGUUUGAGCGCUUCACGUCGCUUGCGCAGGAGGAAGACGCUCCGGGGAUGGCGACGCGGCGGGGGAUGCCAUUCCCAGCUCUCGCCGCCAGAGACCACAUCCUGGAGCUUUCCUUCUGUCUCGCAGGCUCCGGGGGGCUCGCCGGCGAUGAAGAAGCCAAAGACACAGAAGAUCGACUAGGGGAGACGGGGGAGAGGAGAGAAUGCUGCUGCUGCUGCGGCGAUGCGCGCGGCGCCGAGGCCGGAACCACAGCGAAGUCUGGCAGCGGGAGAGACGGAAGAAACGGCGACCUGUCGCGCGGCGUAGAGAGGCCCGUUGCCGCGCUCGUUUCUUCCUUCUCUUCGUUUCGAUCUGCGGCGCCUCUCCUGGGCGCGCGUUUCCAUGCAGCCUGCCUCAUGCGGCUCCUCUCGGAGUUCGUGAAAGGCGAGCCGAGCGGAGACCCGAGGGAGGCGAAGUGGAAAGAAAGCCGGGGGGGAAUGGGAGUCGAAAAGGCAGAUGCGACGAGAGCCCGAGGACUGGCGGAGAGAAAGAGAGAAAACCUGUCGCGAGGAGAGAGAAUUCAUCAGUGGGUAGAGACGUGCGCAGGGCAGGCGACUGCCAACAAGGCGCCGUCGAUGCGACACGAGAAAGGCAGAAGCGACUCCAGCAGUGUAGAAGAGCAGAGAGGAUGCGACGCGGAGGAGAACACCGCGAGCGGGCGUGGGGAGAUAGCGGCGACGGCGGAGAAGGGGACCGGUAGCCGUGAAGAGAGCAAGCGGAACGACAAGCAGAAGACUGAAAUAGACCGGCAGAGGGCCUGCGGGGUGAAGGCGAGCGCCCACAGGGCGAGCGACGAGGCCGCGAGUGAGAACCCCGACCGAAGAGAGGCUGCGAAGGAGAAGACGGCGAAGCGAGGAAAAGAGAAGAAGACGACGCGAGGAGAGGGGGAGAACGGGGACGCAGAGACAAGGGAGGACUUAGGUCCUGCAGGAGAGCCCCUCGAGGCGAAGGAGAAAGAGCCGCAGGACGAGGAGACAGUGGGACGGCAGAGAGCGAGCGAGGCGAGAAGCGGUGUACAGGACUUGGAGACAGGGCUUUUGGGUUCGCUGAGAGUCCUGUCUCUUGCCGGCGUAGGCAUCCCGCUCCCGAGCGCGUGCACCCCAUGGCUUGACGCCGCACGGAGUUCUCGGCGGAAGCACGGCGCCGCCGCGCACUCCUCGUCCAUCCUCCCUUCCUCGCCGUCGCCCCCUUCUUCUUCUCUACGCCCCUCGCAUGCGUCGCCCCCGACACCCUCGUUGGCUGUGUUGCCCCCCCCUGCGGUUGGGUCUGCAGGGAACGUUCCUCCUGCGUCUGCUUCCGGUCCGUCGGUUUGCCCUGCGCAGUCUGCCUCAGCGGCCUCCGCGCCUUCUGCGAUGACUGUGGGCGGGUACGUGGGCGGCGGCGAUCGCGCGCGCUGGCUGUCUCUCUUGCGGGCCUGUGCGGCGUCAACCGUGCGGGAGUGGGGACUCUGCGAGGCGCUAGACCGCUUGGCGGACUCCGAGCGCCGCGUGCCUGCUUCUGCGUCGAGUGGGAAAAAAGCCGAGACCGAGCGAGAGAAGCGGACGCGCGAAGACCGCGCGCCGGCCGCAGAAGAUGAGCCAGAGGGCGACGCAAGCGGAGACGCGGAGAGCGUGACCAAGAGGCAUAUGAAGGAGAGAAGCCGAGAGGAAGGAGAGGACAAGGCGUGCGCGCAGGAAGAAGACGACUCAGAGGCAGACGAAGACUGCGAAGAGAAGGCUGACGCGGGCGGCGAGGCGCGUCCUUUUCUGAGACUGGAAAUCGCGAGCGCAACGCGAAUGAUCGCCAGAGGCCUGCCGCCCUCCGCAGAGAGAAAUGCCCUCCUGUACAGACACCGCAGAGGCGGAGAGGCAGAACAGGAGAAGGCGAGAAGCGGCACCCUGAAGCUAAGCGGCGCGCUCUAG